AUGUUCAUUAUAAAUUGGUUUUGGGAUAUUCUGUCCAGUCUCGGUCUGGUCAACAAGAAUGCCAAAAUCCUCUUUCUCGGACUGGACAAUGCAGGCAAAACUACUCUAUUGCACAUGCUGAAAAAUGAUAGAUUGGCUACAUUACAACCAACUCUACAUCCAACCUGUGAAGAAUUGUCGAUUGCCAGCGUCAAAUUCACCACAUAUGACUUGGGAGGUCAUCAACAAGCUCGAAGAUUGUGGCGAGACUAUUUCCCUGAAGUUGAUGCUAUUGUCUACUUGGUCGACUCGGCUGAUCAUGACAGGUUUCCUGAAAGCAAGGCUGAAUUGGAUGCAUUAUUGGCCAUUGAAGAACUCGGACGUGUUCCCUUCUUGAUUUUGGGAAACAAGAUUGAUAUGGCUGGCGCUGUCUCUGAAGAUGAAUUGAGACAAGCAUUGGGGCUCUUCCAAACCACCGGAAAGGGAAAAGUUGCAUUGAACAACGUUCGACCUAUCGAAGUGUUUAUGUGCUCGGUCGUCAUGCGACAAGGUUAUGGUGAAGGCUCUGGCAUCAGCAUUGAAACAUUGCUACAAUCUGGCGCACGUCUCGUCUAUGCCGUAGAACCAAAUGCGUCGAUGAGAGCGCAAGCUGAAGCUCUGAUGCAUCGUGAAUUGGCCAACAGCCUGGUGAUAUCUGUUGAUGGUACAUCAGAGGCUACGACACUGCCAAACCAGAGUGUUGAUGUCGUGUUCGCUGGUAUGGCCGGCCAUUGGUUUGAUCCACCAAAAUUCGUCAAGGAAUGCAAACGAAUCCUAAAACCUCACGGUCAUAUUGUAAUGGUGUGGAAUGUCCGACGCCUCCAAUCUCCAUUAUCACACGCUUAUGAGGACUGCAUGAACAAGCAUAAGCUCAUUGUCGACAGAGCAGGUCGUGAUGCCAAGGACCCAAUCUACGCGUCAAAGUUCUACUUUGUCGACCCACCAACCAGCAUAAGACCAUCUGCAAUCAAGUACGCUCAUGAUAACGGGUGGUUUGAGAUAACAACGUUGCCUUUCACUCAAGAGCUGAGUUGGGAUGCCCUUGUUGGACGAGUGGUGUCUAGCAGUUAUGCUCCUGAUUCGGAAACCCCAGAGUAUGCAGAACUAGUGAGUGAGUUGAAGCUCAUCUUUGAUACGUAUCAGAAAGAUGGGAUUGUUAGUAUGGAUUACGAAUGUGUAGUUUUGGAUGGUAUGGUGGAUGGUGGUUCUGCUGAAAUAUAG